AUGGAGAAGUUCGAUGAAAUGCUUGUCAAGUUUGGAGGACGGGUCUACAAACCCCAGGGACGCAGACUGGCACCUACUCCGACGGGCCCACGAGCAAUCGACAAAGAGGGUGGCAUUCGUACCAAACCUAUGAAGGUCAUACUCGCCACGGAGGCCGUGAAAAUGGCAGCUCGAGACCUACCAAUUGCAUGCGAAGCUCUGGAUGCUCGUGACAGCGAUAGACCGUUCGGGAAAGAAGAAUUUGACAAAUGGAUUGGUGACUUCGACGAACUUCUCGAAGCAUAUCCGGAUGCCAAAGUCGUCCUCACGACUAGAGAUCCUGAGAAAUGGCGCAGGUCUAUUGAGAACACGGUCGGCGUCAUCAGCAAAUGGAGAAUCUGGUCUUAUCUAGCUCUUGUCAGCCCCGAGUGCGCAGCUUGGUGCAACAUGUUGGAUAAGAUGGACAUUGUGAUGGAUGGAUGGAGCAUAGAAGCACUGGCCCGUCAUAACGCAGGCGUCCGAUCAGUUGUGCCUAAGGAGAAGCUACUCGAGUUCAAACUGGGUCAAGACGGUUGGCAAGAGCUCUGUGAGUUCAUCGAUUUCCCAAAGCCAGAAGGUGAAUUCCCACAAGUCAAUGAUGGCAGUAUGUUUGUUGCUGUUCAUGUGCUCCUGAUAAACAUCUGGGCAAUGAAGGCUCUGAAAGGUGGAGUGGUUCGCAUGGCUCCUUGGUUGCUCUUGAUUGGAUCUAUGUUUUUGGCCAGAAGGCUCGGCUAUAUCUAA